CAUCUACAGCUUUGCAAAAACCCUGCGAUGUUCCUGUGCAACCCUUCAGUAUGGAUAAAUCAAGUUUUUAGGUCAGCUCUGCUUACCUAGGCUUAUCUCAAUCCCCUUUUCAUAUCUGGAUAACCUCUAUUGCACCUUUUUCUCAGUUGUGCUGGGUCAUGCCAGUCCUCUGUGACAGAACAGGCAGUGGCACUGUCCUCCAUGAGCAGGGUCAGAGGCAAUGCAGAGCCAGCACAUGCUCUUCACCUUGCCGUCUUUCAGGACUUUGGAGACAGCCCCUAAGAGGUAGAAGGCGUAGCCUGUCCCCUCUGAUGUUGAUGCCAGAUCUCACAAAGGAAGAAUCAGCCUGUAUUUCUUUGGGUAUGAGACCAAUCCUCUCAACCAGCCCAUGGGGUAGGUGAAAGCCAGAGCUUUGACAAUGGCAUGCUUGGAGUGUUUAAUCCCAGAAACAGCCCCAGGUAAAUGGAGACGUUUUCUCCUACUGCCUCCAGCACUGGCCUCAGUGGUUUGUCCUGAGGAUCCCAGCCAGCCCAGGGUUGAUUCCCCUUACACAUCUCUGCAGCAUCGUUUGUCCCCAGGGCAGUCCAGCAUGCUCUAAUGGGAUCUGAUUCACUGGCUUCUAGCACCCGUGGGGGAUUUUCUAGAGACAGCAGUACAAACUAUCUCUACAGAGUGUGCAGGCAGGUAAACCUACUUCUUCCCCACACUGUGGCAUUGAGGCCUUUUGUCAGCUCCUGUGUUUCCCACUGAGGGGCUGAGAAAUGCUCCUCUGGUGAGUCCAGACAUAGCUGAGCACGUGUUGGGUAUGUCCCAUGUUCCCUCCCGCAUGCUGCUCUGGUUUGACCACAUGGGUGCAUGAAAAGGUCAGUAGGAGUUUGGCAGGCACAUUAACAGACAAAGCAAAAGACAAAACAGUGAUAGCAUUAAACACAACCAUUAAAAAGAAAAAGAGAGAAGCUGAGCUGAAGUAUCUUGAGAAAAACGGUGUAACUGGAAUGCCUGCUACUGGUGUUGCUCAUGAGAAGCUCCGGAAAAGCACAUCAAGGCUGAGAUGGAUACAAAGAAAGCUGCCAGGGCAAAGGCACAGAGGGAUUGCUCACUUCUAGUGAGCACCCAGACACUGUAAAGACUCCAGCAAUGCCUCUCCUUGCUGACAGAGCUCUGUCCCAUGAGCUGUGUUUGUACUCCCAGCAUACGGCACAGGCACUGAGGGGGCUGCGUGACCCCAGAGCAAGCGUUCCCCCUUCAGCCACCCGCUGCCUUUUGCUCCACCUGUUGGAUGGUGUUGUGGAUUCCCUGCCUGGACUCCAGUGGGACGGGAAAGGACAGGAUAGGACGGAAGGGGCUUGCCUGGGGAAGACCUGCGCUGGGUUCAGAGCCAUGACAAGAACUGUAUCCAAGGAAGGAGAACCCAAUGGGGCCACUACAUCUGCUGAAGAGAUAAAAGUGGAGGAAAUGGAAGAGAGAGGCCAGUGGCAGAACAAAAUGGAGUUUGUGCUGUCUGUGGCUGGGGAGAUCAUUGGCCUGGGUAAUGUGUGGAGGUUCCCAUACCUCUGCUACAAGAACGGUGGUGGAGCCUUCCUCAUCCCUUAUCUCAUCUUCCUCUUCACCUGUGGGAUCCCCCUGUUCUUCCUGGAGACGGCACUGGGGCAGUACACCAGCCAGGGAGGGGUGACGGCCUGGAGAAAGAUAUGUCCCAUCUUUGAAGGAAUUGGAUAUGCCUCCCAAGUCAUUGAGGGGUAUCUGAAUGUCUACUACAUCAUCAUCCUGUCCUGGGCACUCUUCUACCUGUUCAGCUCCUUCACUUCAGUGCUACCAUGGGCCACCUGCAAUAACCCCUGGAACUCAGAUCUCUGUGUGGACAUUCUGAAUAGAUCCAGCCUGGACAACAGGACCUUGCCAGCGAACGCCACCUCCUCAAUGAUUGAGUUUUGGGAGAAGCGAGUCCUGGGGCUCACGGAUGGUAUUCACAAACUGGGCACUGUGCGCUGGGAGCUGGCUCUGUGUCUUCUGCUGGCGUGGACCAUCUGCUACUUCUGCAUCUGGAAAGGGGUCAAGUCAACAGGCAAAGUCGUUUACUUCACUGCCACCUUCCCGUAUGUGAUGCUCCUUAUCCUGCUGGUUCGAGGGGUGAUGCUGCCAGGGGCUGCUGAGGGCAUCAUCUUCUACCUGAAGCCAGACAUCUCCAGGCUGGCAGACCCACAGGUCUGGCUGGAUGCAGGUACUCAGAUCCUCUUCUCUUACGCCAUCUGCCAGGGGUGCCUGACAGCUCUGGGCAGCUACAACAAAUACACCAACAACUGUUACAGGGACUGCAUCACGCUCUGCUUCCUGAACAGUGCCACCAGCUUUGUUGCUGGCUUUGCCAUUUUCUCUGUGCUGGGCUUCAUGGCUCGAGAGCAGGGUGUACCUAUCUCAGAAGUGGCCGAAUCAGGUCCUGGCCUGGCUUUCAUAGCAUAUCCAACAGCAGUAACAAUGAUGCCUGUGUCUCAGCUCUGGUCCUGCCUCUUCUUCCUCAUGCUGAUCUUCUUGGGACUGGACAGCCAGUUCGUCUGUGUGGAAAGCAUGGUGACAGCUAUUAUCGACAUGUUCCCUGGUGUGUUUCGGAAGAAGGGGCGUCGGGAGCUGCUGAUCCUGGCCAUUGCAGUCAUAUGCUACCUGCUGGGCUUGUUGCUGGUCACUGAGGGUGGCAUGUACAUCUUCCAGCUCUUUGACUACUAUGCUGCCAGUGGCACAUGCCUGCUCUUCCUGGCUGUUUUUGAAGUCAUCUGUGUAGGAUGGGUGUAUGGUGCCUCAUAUUGAACUACCUUGCUGUUCUUCCCAUCUGCCCUUUGAAUUAGAUAAUCAGCUAUAGAGGAGUGACUGCUGUUCUUUGGUGUCUGUCCCUGUCUACUUACACUGUGCAUUUAGUUUAGUCCUGCCAGUUAAUCUAACAGAAAUUGCUGGGAUGAAAACCUGCUAUGUGCUACUUCUGUGAUGAUUCCUGCUUCCUGUUUAUCCUGGCUGUGAUGGCACUCAGAAAAGAAACAGGAGGGACUGCUUUGGCUCUCAGUGAAGUCUGUAACUUAACUACUCAGUCAGGAGCAGGAUAAAACUGAACUUCAUGAACUAUCAGGAGGAAACCAACUGCUUGUUAGUCUGUGCAGUAAGAAGAGUCUUCUCUGAUAUCCCAUGGGGAGAUCUCUUUCUGAGCACAAAGGCUUUGAUUUUUCUCCCUGAAGCUUGUUCAAGGCUGAUGGGUUUUGGGUAGAGUCUUGUGUGUGAUGCAGAGCAGCUGCUCCCUCUCUUUGCUUCAUGGAACUACAGGAGCCUCAUAGCUGUAAGGAUUGUGCACAGCUGCAGUAGAUGCCAGCUUAGACCAGACCUCAACAUCCCACGGUCACACAUCUGCUGGUUCCAACUACUUCAAACAGCAUUGCCAUCAUAACCUCAGGGAAAGAUUGCAAACACAGCAUCACAUUGGGUCUCAGUGGUCAGGAGCUCAUGAAGGAAUACAAUAGAAGAAAAAUUAGGAGUGAUACUCUCUGUGAAUGUUCUUCAGCUUUUCACAACUUAUUAUAGAACCAUAGAACGGUUUGUUUUGGAAGGGACCUUUAAAGGUCAUCUAGUCCACCCUCUUGGCCACUUUCCACUUGACCAGGUUGCUCAGAGCCCUGUCCAGCUGGGCCUUGGACAUUUGCAAUGGUGGUGUAUCCACAGCCUCUCUGGGCAACCGGUUCGAGUGUCUCAGCAUCUUCAGAGUCAAAAAUUUCUUCCUUGUAUCCACUCUAAACCUCUCCUCUUUCAAUUUAAAACUGUUAGCCCUUGUCAUGUCUCUACAAGCCCCCUUUAUAUAUUGAAAGGCUGCAACAAGGUCUCCCUGGAGCUUUCUUUUUUCCAGGCUGGACAGCCCAAACUCUCUCAGUGUGUCUUCACAGGACAGGUGUUUCAGUCCUCUCUUAGUUUUCAUGGUCCUUCUCUGGACCCACUCUGACAGCUACACGUCUUUCUUGAGCUGGGUGUCCUAAAACCAGAUGCAAUACUCAUUUUGUUGCCCAGGAAUUUCCAGUGCCAGAAGCGAAAUCUAUUUAUUUCUCUUCUGUUAUUUUUUUCCAGUUGACUUGGCUAAGCAUUUAUCAUCCCCAAAAUGCUGCAGCAAGGAGUUCUAUGGCUUUCUCAGGUGUUGUGUGAGGAGUCACUCUCAUUUCCUCAUUCUAAAUCUGCCACCUGCCAAUUCCAUUUGGUGCCACCUUUGCUUUGUUAUGGGCAGUCAGUCCCUGUGUGCUCCUUUUGGUGCUUACAGUUUUAUAGAGGUUGCACUGGCUGCAGUGCAGUUGCUGGUGAAGGGCUUACCAGUUUCUCCAAAUGCUUCAUAUAGAGCAGGAGUCAAUUGCUGGUUUGGAUAAACUCCUCUCUUACUGAAAGGGUGACUGGUCCAGCUGCUUCGUCUCGAGCUCUAGGGAAUGCAGGAGAUCCCUAAGAGAGAUUUAUUUUAGAAAGAUUUCCUUCAAAGGAAGCUCACCUCACAGCUUGCAGUAGCAGACCCUGGCCAGAUUUGAGUCAGCUUCUGCCCAGUCCUUCUGGGAUUAAAGGGGCAUGGAGAUCCCCAUCCAUCUGUGACAGGAUGGGGAUCACCAUGCUAGGUUAAUUGAUUAAACUGAAUUAUGCUUUGGUGUUUAAUGCCACUUUUACAGUCACACAGGCCACAUGCCCUUUCUGAUGACCCAUGGAGAGGAGCAAUGGCAGACAAUGAGUAACAGGAGAGGUGAUGCUGCCCCAGCAGCCUUAAAGGGAGAUGGAGUAGUUGGGGACAGAGAAGUGACCCUUUUCCUCACAACCAUGGGUUCAUUUGUGCCACACUCCACACAGUGGGAUUUUACCCUCUUGACAUUCUGCUUUGCAUCCACUGGGGUAAUUCUGGUCAAAAAUGUAGUCAGAGGGCUGAGGUGAGGCAUUAUAGUGGGGGAAAAAAGUGACUAGCACUGAUUAAAGGGCUUUUUUCCCCAGCCUCAGAACUGGCAGGGCUGAGCCUCUUGCUUACACUGUGAAGAAUUACAACAUUUCUGCUAACACAAAUAUGCGUUCUGAGUUUCCCCUCUCCCAGCACAUACGCCAGCCACCCACCACUUGGCAGCUUCCCCCUGCUGCCAGGCAGCUGCUCUCCCAAAGACCUGAGGAUUUCCCCUGUACUGCUCCCUGCCUGUGGAAGGAUUGUACAGCAUUGGACCUGCUGAUCUAGAGGAGAGUGCUGCAGGGAUUCUGGUGUCUCCCUGCUUCUUCUCCUCUCUCCCUCCCACUUUGGGACAGACAGCCCUUCUAUAAGCAGGCUUGGGGUUUGAGAUUCACAACAUGAUGCCACCAAAAUGUGCUGCAGAGGAGAUUCCCCAGGCAGUCACAGCAUGCACAUUAAGAUUAGCUGUUCUGGGAGAAAGCAAGAGCCUCCAUUACUAUAGGAGAGCCGGGGCUGAAAUCACUAGGGCUGUUUACGCAGCUAAAGCAAACUGAUGCCAGAGGGUACCUGUGGGUGACCCUGGGGUAAACCCGUGUUGUGCUAUGAUAAAUCUUUCUCUGGUUCCAUUGCUCACAUGCAGCGUGGCUCCCAGCGUGGCGUGGCAUGGCAGCCUCCUCCUGCCUGGAUCCUGCCUGUUGGGCCUGCUCUGGCUCUGUGUGCUGAAUGCUCUCAGAUGCGCUGGCUGUGAGCAACCUUCCUUAUGGGCCAUAACGGGUCUGCUCUGUGCGCCUGGUACGCAGAGGAUGCGCGGCCGUGGUGCUGGGAUGUGCAGCUGUGGUGCCAGGGUGCCUCUGUUGCUGGCUCUUUGCACAGACCUGGUGCAGGUGUUGAUGCUGCAGGUUUGAGACAGAGAGGGAGCAGAUACACGCUUGGUACUGUGGCGUGGAGCCAUGGUCAUCACCUUUUGGAAUGUUGUGGGUGAAAUUUGAUAUAGAUGAAUGCAAGUAAAUGUAACUUGGGAGAUAAAACGGGGAGAGAGUUUUUAUAGAUUCCAAACUAGCAGAACUGUGAAACUCACUGUUUUUUGAAUAUGCUAAAAGUAAAAUUCAAUCUUUGUCCCUUUUAAUUUGGGCCUCAUUUGCUGUUUUUAUAAGCUGCGUAAAAUGAGAAGGGCUCCAUAAGGACAAGAGAUAAGGAUGUUAGCAAAUCUCUAGUUAGAUUCCUGUGAAAUUUAUUCCUGUGCAUUUACGUGGCAAAAUGAUUUGUCAGAAGAGCACACAACCACUUUGAAGGUAUAUGGGGUUGAUCUGCACAAGGGAAGUGGUACUAGCAUUCAUGGUUAGCUGUCCAGUGACUGCAUCCCAUUCCUCCUUGUCUUGAAAUAUUGGAGAUAGAAGCAAACAUCUUUGUGCACUCCAACAAAAAUCUCUUUGGGGAAAUUUUUAUGGUUUUCUCUGCAGGAACUUUAUCUAAGCUUUCUAAUGUGCUGGGAAGGAAAGGCACAUUGCUCCAGUAUGUGUCCUCCAGCUUCUAAUUUGCUCAACAACCCAGUGUUGAGUGGUUGAACUGAUGACUUCUUAAGCUUGAUUACUUUUUCAUCUGCCUGUGAAGUGUAGACUAUGUAAAGCUUCCUGUUCAUAUACUCUCUGAGGACAUUCAUGUCAGUCCCCAUUGUGUUUCAUCACAUCACCCUCUGACUGCCAUAGAGGCCAUGGAAAUUUAGGACCUGGCGGUUGUCCUACAGAGAAAAGGGACAAGGACAGGUGGAGGCACAUCAUAAUUAACAACAUAAGUUGUGGGAUUUUUUUUUCUUGUUGGGGGAUGGAUGUGUGUGUGUGUUCUUUUUGUUUAGCAUUUUCAUAUUUCUUUAAUUGAUAUGUCUCUUUGACUAGAUCCUAGAUCCAAAUUGGCAGGGAAACUUUAUCUGCCAUGAAGCUGUAUUAUGAAUUAAUUUAUCUGUCAUAUGUCUGACAUGGCAGUGUGUUUCUGUGGAAGACACUGUGCUGUGCUUAUAUUCUAAACUGCCAUUCACAUGAUCUAUAUCUCUUUUUUUUUUCUCACCCUGUGGAAGAUUUCGGCUUUUUGGCAAAAUUAAUUUUAUAUACCUCAUCUCCUUUCAUCCCCAAUAUAUUUUCAGAAAUUCUAUCUGAAGCCUCAUGAUAUUUACAGCUUGGAAGUUCUCUGGUGUAGGCUGGGCUCCCACACAAGGCUGCAUGUCCCUUGAUAUACCACAGCUUGUUGUCUUUGCUUGAGGCGGGUUUUUAACUUGCCAACUCAACACCAAGAGGUGUUCAAAGAACUAUCCUCCUGCUUCCCCCCUCCACCAAAUAAUUCAAAAAGCUGGGUUUAAAAGAGAUUUUCUGCAAGCAUUAGUCAUGGGAUAUAGAAAAUAAUGCAAAGAAUUACAAAAAAAAAAAAAAAAAAGCAGCACACAUAAUGUGCUUUUGUAGAAUUACUAUAUUUAAAGGAAAUGUAAUAUGAGAAUGUAAUUCUGAGACAAAAAAACCACAAACCACAAUACAACUCACCAAACUCCAAACAUCCACAAGUGUGGCCAGUUCUACAGGCACAUAUUUUGCCCAGUCCAGCCCUCUGGUGUUGAGAUAUAAAGAAGCAAAAUCUUACCACGUUUGCAACUGGGAACUGACCUGACCAUGAGUUCACAGAUGAACAUCCCCAAAAGCAGAAUCCUUCUUUAUCAGCUAAGCACCAAGAUAAAACUUUAACGAGACAAAUACGGUAUUAUUUCAUCCCAGAGGUGCUUAACUGGUAGCCGUUUUUCUGGACAGACUAGCUCAAUUUUUUUUGUCCAAUAUUGUCAUCUUACUUUGCCUAAGGCAGUCUGGUAUAUCUGGUUAGCUGUGGUUAGAAAGGUGCUAGGGCACCUUAUAAAUGACUUUUUGAUUUUUCUUCAUUUUACGUCUCUUUCUGGCCAACAUUAGGCUCCUGAUACUUGGAGACAUCCUAGAGCCUAUUGCAAGGUCUGCUGAAAUCCAUCUGCAGUUUAUUGUCUCCUCUAUGCCAUUGCAUAUGUUUGCCCUCUGUGCUUUGGGUUGGGAAGAGUCAAUGGUUAGAAUCUGGCUGGUGGCAGGACUUCUAGGUGCUUUUCUGAACUGUAUCCCAUUCCAGGGCACCAUGAGAUUUAGGUGGAUCCCACACGCUGUGAACAAAGUAACCCAGUAAGUGAAACCAGUGAAAAGGAGAUCAGACACCCAUCAGACAGCUCUCACCAGACAGUACAGCAGCACUUGCAGAUGGAAGAUUUGGUUUUCAGAGGUGUUUUAAUUGCCAGGUUUUCAGAGUUUAUGCCAAUAAUAAAAUAUUCUGUGGAAGACAGGGUCUUGAUGACAGGGGUCCUGCCCACCUCAGUCGUGAUUCUUGACAUGACUUCCCUGGUAUACCAGCACGUUUAUUUACGAAGAGAGGGUUUUGUUAGGCAUUCCCCACUCUCUUUGUUCCUUUUAGCACUCUGGACUCGCACAAUCCCAUGUGCUCAACCUGCACGAGCUUUCCCUUGCUUCUCUGUAAACCAGGAACUCCUCUUUUCCUUUUGCAGUCCUUACCAGUGCAUGGGCUGCAUCCUCUCACUAAGAGCUGCUGCUGUCUGAGGAACUGUGCUUUUCUUCAGUGUCGAUCUUUCUGACACUUAUGGAUGAAAUUAAGCCCCUCCAUCUCUAUUUAGCCACAGAUGGGCCUUUUCAAUCCCAGAAAACCCCAUCACCUGCUGCUCUAUUAUUAGGAUAGCCAUGUUUUCACCAGGAGUAAACACCAAGGAUAAAGAAAGUUUGGGAUCUGAUGUGAAUAGUGGUUGAAGGAAACAAAACCAAUCUGACCUCUGACUUUGUGCUGGUUGGUGGCCAAGGUGCCAACCGCUUCUACGACAACAUUGAGGACAUGAUUGGGUUCCGGCCGUGGCCCUUGAUCAAGAUUUGCUGGCUGGUGUUCACCCCGGGUC